AUGGACCAGUAUGUGUCCACAGCUCCUCCCUGAUUCCCUAUAGCACAGCUGGGAACAUUUAAACAAGACUCUGCAGGAAAGGGACGGAUACUCAAGGGGAAUUUGCUGCAGAAGAAAGCACCUACCACAUUUGAAAAUGAACACCAUAUUCGUUUCUUCACAUUGUUGGUUCUUUUCCAUGUGACGGUGUUGCUGAAGAAUCAUAGCAGGAUACAAGGGGUUUCUGAAGACUGGAAAAGGGCAAACAGCAUAUUUCGAAAAGAGCCAGUAAGCACGCAUCACUUCACGAGAAAGCGCCGCGGCCAACAUUUCUGCUGGUCUGCUCCGGGUUUCAGUGAAGGGCAGGCCUGGAAGCACCUUGGGAAAUGAGGAAGCUCUGUGUUCAGCAGUGUGCUCUGUCCUCUGUGGAACAGAAGAACCAACAUGUCGUUUCUGCCUCCCAGAAACUCCAGGGGUUGAAAAGCCUCCCAACUUACAGCAAGGAUGAUGAAAAUAUAAGCUCUCAGAAUUCAAAAACCAAGAUGAACUUUCCCGCUCUUUUUUGCUCGUGUCACUCAUCCCUGAGAGAGAAACGCAAAAUACCAAAGCCAAUUAUGUGCUUUCUACGUUUGAAGUCAUCCAGGAACACAGCAGAAGCAGAAUAAAUGACACCACGUUUCUCUCUCACAGCCUUCAUACCAUGGAUUUUCCCUGCUCAAGAUAAAAAGAAAUUAAGAGGAAAUCAGAUUGCUUAGAGAGAGCAGAUUAUUGCUCACUUUUUAAAAGGAGCUCCACAGAGAGAAUGAAGAACGUGUAACUUUUUGCAGUGACAAUGUCUGCUUUGCUCUUGAGGGGCACUCUUCCUUUUUCUGCUCAGGGAUAUUCCGGAGGAGAGCUGCAGAUGCCACCCAACCCUGCGAAAUCUGCCCUGCGAGUCGAAACAGAUCCAACAGUGAAAAGAACUUCUUCAUUAGGACAUCAAGCCUGUAGUCAUAUUUUCAAUUGCUGCUGUAACUUUUUCCUUGCAAGUGCUUUCACUUAUUUCGGGACCACCUAAGGCUCUGUGUGGUACACAGCAACACAGUUUGAGAUAUUUCUGUGAUGUUCUGUACAUCAUAUAGUUGCUAACAACCUGUCAAAGUCAUCCUGACACCAAACUGAGAAGCUGAUGGUUUGGGUAACGUAUUAGAGGAGAUGAAAAAAACGACAGUCCUCAUUACUGUAAUAAAACCAGCAGAGACACACUGAGAAUCAAUUACUGAUUGUGACCUAAUGAACUAACCCUCAGUCAAGUAGAAAACUGCACCAAGCCUCUUACAUUAUCAGAUGAUUUAGGAUGGAGCACUGUCUGAAGACGGGCAACAAGUCGAGGCAGAUGAGUUUUCUUAUAUUGUGGCUGACUUAAUUACCUUGUUCCUGAGUGCAGAGAUCAAAUUGAGCAACUUAAGGUGCUAAAGCUCUGUGCCAGCUGGAAAUGAAAAGGAAAUAAUUAACACCAACAAGAGCUACAUCUAAGGUUGUGGCACCUCCUGACAGAAGCAAGGAGACUCAAAGUUAAGGCGGCUGCAAAGUCCUUGACGAGGUGAGCCUUGCUCUGUCCGCCUGGCUGGAUUUGUCCAGGUUGCCUGUGGCAGCUGUGCACUGAAGAGUCCGGCUGGGGAGCCAGGGAUUCAGAACUCACAGUGCAGCCUGGUGACCGAAGGGCAAAUCCACCUGAGGACCUGAGUGCAGAUGGCUGGGCUCCCUGGAACAAAGUGGAGGAAUGACAGAGGUGUAACUCUUACACCACAGCCUCCAUAUGUGUGUCGCAGAGAAAAAUACUAUAAUGGAGACUAUUCUUACACACACACACACACACACAGAGUUCUUGUCACCAUUGGAACAGUCUGUCUUUGUCUUUCAUCUCCCACAGUCAUGUCCAGAUCCCAUUGCCCUGCAUCACACGUGAACCCAGUGAAGUCAACAAUGAAUGGAUGGUGUUCACAGAGAAACCAGCUUAUGGAAGGGGACCUGUUACCCUUCUUUGAAUUAAGUUCUUGGAAGCCAUUUUUCACCUUAUUUGUCACUGUAGUGUUCUCUUCUUCACACAUGCAGAGGUGGCAAGGCAUCAAACCAAAACAUGGCAGGCUCCUUCACUGCCAGACUAGGAGAUGAAUCCUGGGUACACUGAAAUGGAAGCACUCAGAAGCAGUGACACCGAUGACAAUCCAGGCCCCAGGUUCACAUUCCUCAGUCCUCCCAUGAAGGAUCUAGUCCCACCCAGAGGACACACCCAGGCUUCAUCUGCGCUACCUGCACUUCCCAACAGGCAUUUGGAGAGGAGAGACUUAGCUCUGUCAACACAAAGCUCUGUGAAGCCAACUUGAGUGCUUCCCACAAAGGGCUGAGUGGGAUUAAUCUCCCCACAUCACUGAUGAAUCAGUCCCAUCAGCACUGCAUGUGGCAUCAUCAGACUACAAGGACACACUUCAUGAAGGGGUUUCUCAGUAUUGAGUCAUCACUCGAAGACCUGACACACAAAUGAGUCACAGCUGGGAGAGCGUUUGGAGAAAUGGGCAUUUGAGAAAUGGGCUGUGUAGGCCGUAUCCCCUCCAUAGGAAGUCGGCAAACCAGGGCGAGGCAAGGAUGCACCCACUGCAGCCACACACUACAAAUCAGGGGCAGGGAUGCUUAACUCUGCCCAACUUAGAUGAGUUUUAAAAAGCAGCACUUCUCAGAAAUCACCUAGUUAAAUGCAGAUUCUGAUUCAUAAGUCUGGGUGAGGCCAGAGAUUGUGCAAUUCUAACAAAUCCGCAACAAUGCUGCUGGCCUUGCCUGUGUUUGAACUAUCCUGGGAGUAUCAAGGCCUUAAAGCUUCUGUUCCUUCCCCCAGGGUCCUCAUCCAGUUGGGCAGACAUACUAGACAUUCUGACUACAUCCAAUGAGCACAGUCAUAAGUCCUAUGAGCAACUUACCACUCCAAAGGAUGUAGAUGGAGCUGAGUGCUCUAGUAAGUUUCUGGAGCACCAGGCCCCUUGGCCAGCCCAGUCUUCAAGGCCCACUUUUGGGAGCAUGGCCUUUAGGGCUCUCACACAAGCAAGCCAAUAGGUGGUAAGGAGCAGAGCAGAAUUCCCCAGGGGCUGGAGGGUAGGUGUUGAUCAGGCCCAGGCAAGCACAGCACAGUCAAAGUAAACCCAUCCAGGCCUGUGUACCCUGCCCCGACCAUGAGACUCCCUGGAGUUAGUUGAGUCUGACCUGAGAGCAAGGUACAGUCACGGGGAGUAAUUUUCAAAUUAAUGAAUUGUAUACAGACCAUGAGGCAACUGCUUGUCCAGAUGCUUUGCAUAGUCCACUGAUGGAAGCAUUCACUAGGCUCCUUGCAGAACUGAAUGCUGCAAAAAAGAAUUACACAUCUAGAAACUUGAAAAAGAGGGAAGGGAGAUUUGGCACAGGCAUCUUGCUCACUAACCUGAGUCUUUGUUGAAUGAGAACACGGUGCCUGGUGCGGCCACUGCUGCCACCAGGGACGCCAGGCCGAGCCAUCAUUCAGUGCUGCUCUGCAGCGUGCUGCCCUGCCCUCCUGAAAGCUGCGUGAUUCAUUGGAUUUAAUAUUGUCCUGAGUCUCACUCCAGGGAAUUCUGCAGGAAUGUUGUUCAAGAAAAAAAAAAGAAAGAAAGAAAGAAAGAAAAAAAAAAACACAGCCAUUUAAAACAGAGUCUGUAGGCUCCAUUCUAUAAAAUAGGUUAUUAACUUGCACUGAUGGCAGCCAAUAGUUCAAUUGCUGUGAGGUCACAGGUUAUUCAACGGGAAGGGCCACAUUUUCGAUUGUUUUACCCUGACUCCCCGCUGAUAUGCAGGCUUUACCAGGAUUAGUGUUAAAAUCCUCACUGUGAAACGCAAGGCCCAGAAAGAAAGCUGCAUCCUGCUGGCCUCCGCCUCUCGACCAAUGCGGGACCUGUAAAUACUCCUCCCCUUGGCUGCUAUCAAGUCCCUUUACGAUGAAACUGGCUUGUAGCAGCGAAGGGGUCGCGCGGGGACUCUCUCCACCUCCUCCAAAGACUAUAUAAUAGCCCAUGCAGACAUUUCCUGAUGUUUAAAAUCUCUCCAAUUUUCCUCCUCUGCUCCUGCAUUUUUAAUCUCUGAAAUGCCUAUGACUGGACGCAUGUGCCCACUCCUCCCCACAACCAUCCACCAACAUGAAAAGAAGAUUCUGUCUGGAUUUGGGUCUGCUCUUUUCUGGAUACCUACGAGAAGUUCAUCGGGUGCUCUCUUACACUUGCCAAGCUGAAUCAGGCCCCCAGAGGGUUUCCCUCCCACAUUGCCUUCCCGCAUCAUGAGGGAGGCUGCUGCUGUCUGAAACAUAAUAACUGUUUCUUAAAAUUCCUUUCUGAUCACACCUAAACUCUGACAAGUAUUUGCAGCUUCUACCUCCUUUGAAUUUAAGGGAUGACAAACCUGAGCACAGAACAAAGAAUAUCUCCACCUAAUGAUUGCAAGGCCAAUUUCCAGGACUGGACUUCCGAGGCCUUACUGACUUCCGGAACUUGACUUCCGGAGCCUGACUGACUUCCAGAGCCUGACCCAGAAGGCUUUGGUAAUUUUGAACCAGAGAUUUUUCAGGAAUCUGCAGGCUUGGUGUCUGAGGCCCUCACAGUCAAGCCCCAUCCACACACUGGGCAUCACAGCUCUGCCCCAUGGACAGUGCAGAUAAUGUUUAAUUGAAAACAAAAGUGUCAUUUUGGAAGGCCUGCCCUACCCCACCCCACUACCUGACACACGUGGAGGCUUCAGAGUGUGCACGGCUGAGCCUCACUGCCUUCUCCCUCGAAUGUUCCCUGAAGCCCCUCGGAUCUCUUGACAUAGGCGCCUUCUCCAUCCCUGCCGCCCGCUGCUCUUACUGGGGGAGGCUGCUGUCCCCACACCCUGAGCUGGGCUUCGAGGUUGAGAUUCACAGAGGCUGCUGUCCCCACACCCUGAGCUGGGCUUCACGGUUGAGAUUCACAGUAACUCGCCUCAAAGAAGCUACCGGCAGGGAAACAUCUCCUCAGGGUAUGUCUGCUCCCAAACAGACGCCACUUGGAAAAGAUCACGUUUGCUGUUUAUCUUCUACUUGCCACAGUAGUACACGAAAAUAGAGUAUUUGCAAGAAAUUAAGAACAACGAAACUGAAACUCCCUGAUGAUCCCACCCUUGAGAUAAACACGGGUAACAUUUUGUAGGAUUGCUUUUCGGUCUUCUCAGUCCCAUUUCAAAAACAGCACAACAUACAGUAUGAGAUCUCUUGAAAGUUGUCAACCAUGGGCUUUAGACCGAACUUAGGAAUGAAUAUUCUGCCUUUUCUGCUCGUGGCCUGUGUACGCUUCCCACCUCUGCCUUUCCUACCCCUCUGAGUGUUCUCGGAGGAAACCAUGGUGUACCCACGAGGCCAUUCUGGGGAUAUGUUUAAAACUCCUCCUUCACAGAAACAGCCAAAGGGUGAAAGUAUAAAUCAGCUGCCCAGUGUUCAAAAAAAAAAAAAAAAAAAAUCAACCAUGCAGGGUUCAGGCUGGCCUUCCCACCAGCCGAAUGAGCAAAAGGGCUCAAUGCUCUGCAGAUUUGGGGAUGUGCCCUGACACAUGAAAGACUUGUCAUCUGAAAAUCACUGGGGGCCAUGGGGGCCUCCACUAAGGUCCUCAGAGGCCUUCCUUCAUCCACAGACAGCCGGGCAACUCCAAAAGAUGCUGUGCCCUGGGCAACAUCCGAGCCCCUUUUUUGAGGGCUCAAAACAGGCCAUGUGCCACCCACAGAGCACCUGGCCUUCCUCUUCACAGCAGGUAGCUGAUGUCACUGUUGGUCUGUACUCGGAGGUUAUUUGAUGCUUGUCUGUCUUCCCCCAUGAGAUUUUAAACUUCACAAGAACAGCGACUUUGCCACUUAUGCUCAGAAUUUUAUUUCUAGUACCUGAAACCAAGGUUCUCAACAAAUAUUUGAGCCUUUCUGGCUCAGGAGGUGGAAGGCAGUGGC